AGUCACUGCAUGGGUGUUUGACGGACGCGCUGCAGUGCGGACCAGCGCAAAGGAUGUUGCGGGCAGUUGCGUUCUGUGGGAGCUGUGCCGUUUGUUUAUCAAAAUUGAUUGGAUGUCUCGAAUAUCUGGAUAGAAUAGCAUUCAUAUACUCUUUUAAUUGUCUGUCGUUAGGAGGAUUGGAAUAAUGGAGAGCUAUGGAGAGCUUGUUUAUACGGCGAAUUGAGCACCUGCCUCGUGCCAGAUUUGUAUAUUUGCUUUAACCUUGGACUUUUUGUGCAUUAUGUAUGGUUUUUAUUUUAUAUGCGUGAUGUUUACGAUUAGAUAACCAACUACGCUUCCAGUUGGUGUUUUUGUGGUUGUCCACUGGCUUACAGUCGGUGUUAUUGAAGAAUGUUUUAAGUUACUGUACAUUCGCGUUUUUCUUAGUAAAACGGCUAUUCAUUUUAGGACGUAGAUAUACUUUUUGAUAGAUGGAACCUCACUAAUAAAAUGCAGAAGUCAGGCGGUUUAUGGUUUUAGUAAACGUCCCAGCUGAUGGUUUUUGUGUCACUGUGAGGUCCCAAAUGAAGAUUUCAAAACGACGUAAAAGACUGACUUUUCGUAGUCUGUGUGCCAGAUAAAUGGCUCGUUUAAGCUGGGGGCUGCCAGAGUUCUCUCAGGGUUGCAGUGCCUAGCACCAGCUCUGCAGGACAACGCCAACAUGAACGGCACUGCAGAGCAGCAGGACAUUCUGCCCCCAAAUUGCAUGGUCAAAGAACGAUGGAAAGUGCUGAAGAAAAUAGGAGGAGGGGGGUUCGGGGAAAUCUACGAGGCGUUGGACCUGCUGACUCGGGAGAAUGUGGCGUUAAAAGUGGAGUCAGCUCAACAGCCCAAACAAGUCCUGAAGAUGGAGGUGGCAGUUCUGAAGAAACUGCAAGGUAAAAACCAUGUGUGCAAGUUCAUAGGCUGUGGGCGAAAUGAUAAAUUCAACUAUGUCGUCAUGCAGCUGCAGGGUAGAAACCUGGCAGAUCUCCGGCGAAGUCAGCCACGUGGCACCUUUACCAUGAGCACAACCCUCCGCUUGGGAAAGCAGAUUUUAGAAUCCAUUGAAGCCAUUCACUCUGUUGGCUUUCUCCAUCGAGACAUCAAACCGUCAAAUUUUGCCAUGGGAAGGCUGCCUUCAACAUACAGGAAAUGUUACAUGCUCGAUUUUGGGCUCGCACGACAGUAUACGAACACCAAUGGAGAAGUCCGACCGACUUUCAUUCCCAGAACUGUUGCAGGAUUUCGAGGGACUGUUAGAUACGCAUCUGUGAAUGCACAUAAAAACAAAGAAAUGGGUCGCCAUGAUGACUUAUGGUCAUUGUUUUACAUGCUGGUUGAAUUUGCUGCUGGGCAGCUGCCGUGGAGGAAAAUUAAAGACAAGGAGCAGGUGGGUCAGAUAAAAGAGCGCUAUGACCAUAGGAUGCUGCUUAAACACAUGCCAUCAGAGUUUACUGUCUUCCUGGAGCAUGUGUUAACCCUUGACUACUACACCAAACCAGACUAUCAGCUCCUGAUGUCAGUGUUUGAGAACAGCAUGAAAGAACGCAUCAUCACAGAGAAUGAGCCAUAUGACUGGGAGAAAAGUGGGACGGACUCCAUGAUGUCUGCCACCACACCGACAGCAGCGCAGCAGAACACACGGCCUACAGCGGCUAUGGUUGGGGGCAUAAAUGUGACCCAGACGCCUGGUGACCUUCAGAGGGAAAAUACAGAUAAUGUUGUGCAGGACGAGCACCUAAGCGAUCAGGAAAACGCCCCUCCGAUUCCCUCUGGCCGGCCAGCUGAUGGUAGUCAGUUACCCACUGACGCAGACGGAUGGGAGGAGACGGACUUUAAUCGCAACAAACUCAGGAUUAACAUUGGAAAGGGAGGUCAAGAGGAAGAUGGUAGCCGGGGUGUGUGUCCUGUGUCGCCACAACGGGGAGGGUUGGACUCUCCGGGUAUGCAGGUGCACUCACUUAGGUACCGACGGGUCAACAGCCCUGAAUCUGAUCGCAUAUCUGCCGCUGAUGGACGGGAUGGUUACGGACAACGCUCUCGAAUGGACAUCCUGGGUUCUCCUUCUCGGCAUGUUUACUCCUCCCAGCCAGCUCAGAUGCUGUCCAUCGACGGUUGUCGUGGAGACCGUGGUCGUAAUGAGGCCUCUGCAUCAGUGGACCAGGAAGCCCACAGCAAUGCCUUCAUCCGCUCCGUCCCACUCGCGGAAGAGGAGGACUUUGACAGCAAGGAGUGGGUUAUCAUAGACAAAGAAACGGAGCUCAAAGACUUCCACCACCUCCCAGGGGCCGAGCCCACCACAUCCGGUACCACGGAUGAGGAGCCGGAGGAAUUACGCCCUCUGGAGGAAGGAGAAGAGCGGCGGAGACAUAGAGGGACGGAUCCGUCAGUCAGGCCCAAGACGUCACACGGUGACCGGACGACACGAGGCAUGCUGCCCCUUACGGAGGAGGAGGCGUCCAGGAGGAGCGGGAAAGGCCAGUCGACCUCAGCGGAGAGCCCUGUGCAGUCACCCUGUCACUCGCUGCCCUCCGGACGGCCACGGCGGAGAGAGUCAGAAUCCAACGGACCUCAGAGACAGGGACCAACCCCGAGUGAGCCUCUAUUGUCACCUACUGACUACAGGACUAAAUCCCCAUCCUCCGAGAAGGAGAUGUUUCAUAUCCUUCCUAAACUGCAGGCUAAGAGAGCCGACUUCCUCACCGUCAUGCUUACAGGAAGCCUGCACCAGCGACGGGCCUUCACAGCCACACCGCCUGACACUCAACAUGAGGGACCCAGAGAUGACGAUGUCACGAAGAGUGAAUCUAGUAGUGGCGCAAGCGAAAAGAGCACUGAGCGUAGUCAAGAUGGGGCUCCUUCCACCUUAGUGGCCGAUGAUCCACAUAAGGAGCCAAAAGAACCGGGUUCUGUCGCUGAAGUAGAUCCUGACCAAGAGGACGUCUCGAACACCCUGGUUUUGUUUUCACCAGGAGACACAAAGAAGUCUCCCAAUGUUAUAAAUGCGGUGGAUGUGGAGCAAGCUGUGGCGGGAUCUGAUGCCCCGCCUCAAAAUGAGCAGUUGGAUGAAGUUGGUCAACUAGAGGGACAGGUCCAGGAGGACAUAAACCAGGCAGAGAGGUCUUCAGAUUCAAGGCAACCUGAUGCAAUUAGUGUUGACCCAUCCAUACAAACAUCUAAACUGGUGGUAACUGUCUCAACAGCUUUGGUGGCCUCAGCCUCAAUUGCAUCACCCCCUUUCUCCAAAGUGGAGCGAACUUUUGUACACAUUGCAGAGACAACCCAUCUGAAUGUCAUGUCUUCCAGUGGUGCACAGGUUCUUGAAGUUUUAGAGGAGGUUGAAGGCAAAUCACAAUCCAAGCGGAUAAAAGACAAGUCCAUCCUUUCUCAAGAGCCAGGAGUAGUUGCAGCAUGUGUCCAGUCUGAAGUGACCUCUCAGACUCUUACAGAGGAGCCUCGGGUACUCAAUGUUCUGCAUGAGACUGCAAAAAAAUGGGAAGGUCUUGUGGUUCCUGGACUCUUAGAGUCUAGGGAACCCAUCCAUCAAGGUUCAUCAACUGAAUCCAAACAGGAUAAACAACUAAAAGAGGAAUGUCAAGAAGAGAACACAGUACCUGAAAGUGUUUCUAAACCUCCACGACCAACGAGCAAAAGUCGAAUUCCUAUCCUAGUCCCAGAAGAAGAGCCAGGAUCUGAACAAUCCCUGCCCACCAAAGAGCAACUGCGUAGAAGAGCCAUGCAGCAAGACUUGGCCCGUCAAGCUGUAGAAAGACAACGUCAGGGCCGCUGGAUGAGACUAAAUUCCAGGACUUCAUCCUCACUAUCUUCUGGAGACGAGCCCAAGAGACCUUCAGAGACUCUUUCUACUACAGGCUCAGAGGAAGAUAUUCACGUAUCUGAUGAUUCUGUCAAGAAACUCAAGAAGGCGGCUGAGGAAAAGAACCAAACAGAGUGGCACAGCAGGAUCCCACGGCCAGUUACCCCAAUAAGAAAGCCUUCAACUAAACUAGUAGUAGUGGCUCCUGUUAUCCAACCUGAAGCUGGAAAUGCAAAAUUAGAACAAAAAGCAAGCAAUGGGUCAAAGGUACAACCCCAAUCAGGAACAAGUGCUCCACCACUUCACACAAGAUCAAAAUCAACAUUAUCUUGUUCUACCAAGCCAAUUGGAAGCAAUCGCAUGCCUCUCUCCUGUAUUCCGGCUUCGUCCCGUCGCAGCUUAAGCACAACAAACUGCACUUUCUCUUCAACCCGUAUAGCUAGCCCUUCGCCCCAUAGGCCACCCCUACGAACUGCAGUUAGCGAAUCUCGCAAGCAGCCGUUUGCCCUCCGUACCACUGUGGAUCUCCCACUGAAGUCUAGGACUACUACUUGCAGUGGUUCUGCAAAGGAUGCCAAACCAUCACCAAACCAACCCACCAAUACACCCAUUAGGAAUCAAACCAAAGCUUCUGCUCAAUCGAAGAACACAGUACCUGUGAAAAGGGAAAAAAGCACAAGCAACAAAACAGCUGCAGCCAGAUAAGACACGGUGCUGUUUACUGGGAUUGUUUCGUCUCAAUUACUUGAACAUAUUGCCUCAACAUGUAAUCGGCCCCAUUGACCAAAAUGAACCUUUUGAAUUCAUUUAAUGUUCUUCCUAAUCUUUGAAUGGCUAUAGUUCUUAUUUUGGAUUCUGCACCAAAUAAUUUUAUGUUGUACUAUAAGGGUAAACAAUGUAGAACUUUCACUUUACUGGAAGUUUUUUGGAAUAUAAUGGAGGAAAUGUCACAUUUAGCUUAAUCGGUGCUAUACUGUAUGUGUUGUUCUGUUGUGCAUAUUUAAUUCAAUAUGUUUUUGAAGGUGUACUUUAUUAUUAGUUAGAUGCCAAGUUGUCUUUGACCCUUGACACACUAUAAUAAUGUAUAAUUAUUUACAACAUCUAAAUCAAUCAUACAGUAUAUUAUGUGUAUUUAGGCAGCACAAAUUAUUAUAAACCACCAGACACACAGAACAUUGUAAAAUCUGCCACAUAUCCAAGGACAAAUUCACAGAUUUCAUCUGGUCUGCAGCUCGGCCCUCUUUGUAAACCUUGUGAUGAUGGGCAUGCCUUGUCUUUAGCUUGUUAAAAGUGUUUGAUGAUAAUGCUGUAUGCUUGUAUAUAUUCUUUUCAGUAUUUCUUGCAGAGACUUCUUUAUUUUUAUCAGGCAAAGGAAAUAGUAAAGUAUUUGGGUUUUAGUUUUCUUAAAUGAAUAUAUUGUGGGUUCUACGCUGAGUUAUCUCAUUUUCUAAGCAUGGCAGAAAUCACACAUUAUUAAUAAUUGUCAAUACGGAUUAUUUCUAAAUGAACAAUUUUCACCUCUUUUGCUCUGAUUACAAUGGUGAGAUGUUAAGUGAGAUUUCGGUUGGAACAAGGAGCAUAAAAUGAUCAAGUCUUAGUCGUGUUAUGUUGUUGUUUUUCUACAAGUGACACAUUCUUCACAGUCAUUAAAAACAUUUGCGUUUUUGUA